UUCUUUCGUCAGUCGAUAUCAGAGAGACGACGAGUGGCGGGCGGGCGAGUCUCGCGCGUGUGUGUGUGUGUGUGUUUGUAUGUAUGUAUGUAUGUGUGUAUGUGUGAUCAUGUGUGUGUCAAUAGUGUGGCCUCCACGGAAAUCGUUCGUCCAUUUGGCACAACGACGUUUAUUUUCUCCUUUUAAGUUCUAACGCGGCCUAAAUUUAUUUUUCAAAUCGAAUAUAUGCGUGCUCAUUCAUUCAUACGUUUGUGCUUGGAUAUUAAGUUGCAACUGUCAUGAAAAAAAGAAAGAUGAUAUCUUUUAUCGUGUGAAAUAUUUGCAAAACGUGUAAUAGUUUACGAUCGAUUAUUACGAGAGCGAGAGAGAGAGAUAUGUAUUACAUAUAAUCGUUCGUUCAACACGACAUUUAAUUUCUUCAUUUUAUAAACGAUCCAACGGGACACGAAGGAUAUCGAAUUUGAAUCUUUUGAAGAUUCGAUUAAGUAUCAUAGAUUAUUACGACGACCAAUCGAUUUCAUCGUGUCAAUUACGAAUGAUUUCACAACGUCAAGAGGGUGGGCGGUAGUGAGAGAAAUAAGAAUAGCGUUAAAAAGAAAGAAAAUUAUAUAGAAAUAUAAUAUAUUUUACGUGUUUUACGGACUACUAUAUCCGUAUUGUGUCUUCAACUUUUGUACAGAGUAUAAAAGUUCGAAUCGAUGAGAAUAAGACUUUUAUAAUUCAUUUCCAACGCGGUCGACACGACUCGAAAGAUAAAACGAAACAGUUACCUUUUAUGUCACGACAAUAUCACCGUCGGAUUCAAACGAUGUUAAGGCCGAAUGGGUUUUUUUAAUCAAAGAAAAACGUGUGCCGAAAGUGUUUCGCGAUAGAUAACAUCGCCAGUUAACAUUACAUUGGUUAUCGUACGCUCUGAUGACAACUUCCACGAUAAAAAAGAAAAAAAACGCUUAACACGAUAAGUAUUUUUCGGUCGUGAAAGCGCAAAACCAGUCUUAUGUCAAAUUCGUAAGUCGUAACAAUUGCCGACGUAUCUCGUAUUUAAAACAGUGAAACGAAACGAAACGAAACGAAACGAAACGAAACGAUUAUAUGAAAUAAAAAAUUGAUCGGCCAUUGAAUAAUUAAGAAAAAAACAAAUCGUGAAGUUUUUCGUUAACGUUUCAUGAAAAUAUUUUGUUAAGCUUUCGAAUGAACGUAUUCUACAAGUGCCUUGCUCGAAUGAAAUAGAUUAUUGACCGCAUACUAUUGAUAUGUAAUUUACAAGGAAAAAAAGGAAAACGCGUCAAGGUGGGAUUUUGAGAUAACGUUAUUAUCAGAACGAGAUAACGAUGUACAUAUGUCCAAGAGGAAAUAUCUAUAUAUAUAUAUAUACACGUACGUAUGUGGAUUGUCGUCCCUUAUGAUCCGACAAUAGUUUCUAUUUACAAGUAUCAAAUUGAAAUCAAACAUUGAAAUAGCAAUUUACAUAUAUUUCCUGAGGACGAGAGAAAAAAAAAGAAAAAGAACAAUAAUAUUAUUUCGCUUACUAUAUCGUCACCUUUUCAUUCUCUUACGGUCUUUGAUUACUUGAUAUUCGUUAUCAUUCGUCAUAGACGGAAAACAGUCUGGCCUGGUUUCGCGAUAGAGACGAAAGCAAGCAGUAAAUUGUUUCGACGAAAACUUCGAGCAAGUUCACUUGUCCACGCAUGCACCCACGCAGGCAUACACAUACAAUAGAUCGUUGUACAUAGUCACGUGUAUUUGAUUUUAAAACGGCAAGGAAGAAGACAGACAUACGUCGGCGAAGACGUUCUUGAUUUUCCUAUGUAUGUGUAUGCGUUGUAACAAGUUAUACACAUGUGUAUGCACACACACACACACACACACACACACACAGACAGAAUGAGUCAGCAUUUAUUAGCGUCUGAAAUAAAUUUUUAUUGGGGAUAAAAAAAAGUGAAGAAGAAGCAAAGAAAAAAGAAAUAAAAGAAACGUGACCUAUAAUUUCUUCGGUUGGCCAAUAAAAAAAGUCAAUAAUCGUGUCUAUAUGAUUUUUCGUUGAAACAUUUUUGAACUACCGAACAAAAGAGUUAUUUCAAGUUUGAGAGUAAUUAUUGACUCACCCUGUAUGCACAAGACAAACACAAUGGAACACGUGUAUAACAGAGCGGAGCAUCUAUAGCGUGUCCAUAAGAUGUGCGCGUUUUCCUAAGAAGGCGCGCUUACCUGCUGUUAUUGUUGGCCACCAAUUUGAUGAUAAGAGCUUCUCAGUAGUGUCGCGACAAUGUUCGGUCGUAAAUGCAUCGUUUUUUAAUCGCUCCGUAUCGCCCGUAAUCGUUGAUUAUAGCCUCUUGAUAAAUUUCACCAUCGUGACCAUCGUUUUAAGUGUCGUUAUUUCGUUUUAGAAGAGCGAUAACGAAUGCGUCGACGACGAGAAAAGUUUUAAAUAUUGCCGACUACGAAAAAAUAUAAUAUAAUAUAUUUGUAUUCCUUCCUUUUCGUCUUCCCCGUUAUUGUUCUUCGCAAUGAACGUACUCUACUUAAUAAAAAAUUGAUAAACAAGCAGUAUUUACAUUAAUAUCGUUACUUUAUAUCGAAUGCGUGAGUCAUUAUAUUAUUUCAACUCGUAUCACAAUAAUAUCUCCUUUCUCGUCUCUACGUUAAUAUUCUUUAUAUAUAGGUGCAAAAAUUAAUAUUAAAAAGUAUAGUUCUAUCAGCGACAUUAAUAAAGGUAAAGCGAGUAUAAAUGAAGCGAACAAAAAAGGUUUAAAUUUCGAUGGAUUGGUAAUUUCACGUCUUAUUCGUUAUAAUUUCUCUGUAUAAUUUUUAAUACGGUGUGCAUUGUUGUUACGUGCCAAAAAGAAAAAAAAAAAGAAAAGAAAAGAUUAUGGACGUCGUUUCUGUACGGAAACUGAUAAAGGAAAUUGAUAUGCAUACGUAUGUUAAAUUAAGUAAAAUAAUAGGUAAGAUCUUUGGAUGAACGAACAUGACCUUCCAUGGAUUAUUCUCAAACUAUCAUCACGAAACUUCAUAUCAUCGAACGUGAAGAAGAAGUAUAGGACAUUUUUUAGCCGCAAUGACACCAUGAACAACAUGGUUUAGCAAUUAAAGGCUAUAAAAAAAAAAGUCAAUGAUUAUAAUAUAACUCUGUAUUAUAAACUUGACAACUACCUCGAGAUAUUAUACCUCGGCAUAAGGAUAAUAAGUAUAUGUAAAUCAAGGAGACGAAGGAGGAGUGUUUACUUGAGAUGGACUCGGUAGCGGUUACGGUUCCGCUUCGUCAACCAACGAAGAAAAUGAAGAAACGUAAGGAAUUGGAUGCUCUUGCACCUCCACAUGCCGUUUCCAGAAGAACUUCCGGCAAACGUAGUUCUCAGGAAUUAUUGACGGAUAGCAGUGACGAACGUUCAGAAUAUUGGAACACGUCUACAAGAAGCAGCCGCAAAUGCAGAGGAAGAAGGAGCCAAGCUUGUCCGGGAUUUCUUAAGGCUUGUAGUGCCUUUUUGGCAUGCGCUUCUGUCUUAGCUACUGCUAGCUUAAUAUGGCUUUUCAUUGACGUUCGUCAACAACUCACCGCCUUAAGAACGGAAUUGGAUCAAGUAAUUGCCGGAAACGAGGGUGUUCCUGAUGCUUUGCAAAAAUGUCAUUCCAUGUCGAGGGAUCUGCAAAAUAAUCAAACCGUCAUUUUCUCUCAUUUGUCGGAUCUUAGAUUUCAAAUAAGCAAUGUCACGAUUCAGUUAGUAAACAUACAACAUGGAUUGCAUCAAGUUCAAGAAUGGGUGCACGCUGCGCCAGAGCUUGCUAAUGUUCCUAAAGAUUUGAAAGCACUUUCGACGACCGUUGUUUCAUUGGGCAGUCAAAUAAGAGAUUUGGAUUCAACUGUAACAACAUUAAAAGAAACUAAUACGCGCCUACAAAACGUUCAAACUACUGCGUUACAAAAUAUCAGCAGCGUACAGCACGCUCUUUCUGAAUUAAUCAAUAUAACGCAAAAGCCUCAAAUCUUAACUACCAACGAAACCAAACUGAAAACCGAAGAAUUAAAUGCCGCGAUAUUGCGUGUAACAAAUAACUUGACGCACGUCAAUGAAACUCUAUCAAGAACUCUUCAAUGGACUAGCGAAGAUCAGAAAAAAGAUCAUAAAAUAUUGAAUUCCCUCUUGGAUACGACCCAAAAUGUUAGCACAAAGGUUAUAUCAUUGGAAGGAGAAUAUGCAAAAGUGUCUGAACAAAUAACUACAUUGCCAUCAUUAACAGAACAAGUCGAACGAAUAUAUGCAGCCAACGUUGAAUUGAACGAUAGACUAAAACGUUUGGAACAAUCUUAUAUUUCUGUAAAAAAUUCGACCACUGCUAUGUUAAAUACGAUAACGAAAAUGAAAAAUGACAAGAGAAUUGUUAACGAUCAAGAUGAUACAACAGAAAUGCCCAUCGAAGGAAGUCAAAAUGUUCAGAGGAUAGGCACAAACACUUAAAUAUAAGAUAGAUAUAGGUAGAGUAUAAAUAAUAUUUCCAAUAUUGUGAUUUUCAAAAAUAGCUCCUGCACGUAUGAUAAAGCAGUCUGUAGGCAACGUAAAAAGAGAUGUGUAAUUGUAAAUAUUAAUAAAAUAGGAAACUAUUCAUUUAGCAGGAAUUACGUAUUUAAACUCUGGGUUAUGUAUGCACGUCAAAGAAAAGGAUGUUAUGUCGAAGUAUGUAAUGAGCAUUACAUAUUAUUAAAUGAACGUUCUGCAAGUAUCUCGUGACCUGGAGGAAAGAAUCUAUACCAAGCAAUAAUUUGUACAAUUACACAAUAUUGAUAUUCUGAUACAUACAUUGAAAGUACAUACGUUUGGAAAUACUUACAAAGUACAAAAUCUACAAGUUCUCAUCUUUGUCUACACUUUAGUUGAAUGAAUUUCUAUUGGUAUAACAUUAGUUAGACAUCACGAAGCUAGCCCCAUAUAAUAUAUCCAUUAGAUAUACAUGAUUUUUUCAAUUUGCAAAUUUAAAAGUUCUUUCUUUAAAUAAUUACUUCAAAAUUACAAUUAUUGCCACCUAAUCAUUUCCUCGAUUUAUCAACUCGGUUCAUCAUAACGGAACGUUUGUUCUGCACGAUAAUAUACUUAGAGUAGUAUUGUUUAUAAGUCUACAAAGAGGCACAGAUGAGUGCUAUUUUUUACGACAAUCUAUACAAAACGUGGUCAGAUAAAAUUAAUCAAAACUACGCACAUUAAACAACAUUCGCAGUAUUAUACCUAAUUCGUCCAAAGCAUAAGUCUUGCAUAUUGUAUGUCAUAACUUUAGUGCAGUACGUCGAUUUUAUCAUCUUUAUCACACAUUUCUAUUAAGUAGUCUUUAUCGAUACGUAUAAUAAUUAACUAUUACCUAAAGACUGUUAUUUUCUCGUUAAAAUUUUGAUCGAACUAAUAGUCAAAGGAAAUACCAUGAUCAAAACACAUAAUAUAAUUCCAAGUGCUUUUGAUGCUGGAUUAACCCCAAGAAAAGUAAAAAAAAAAGAUUCGAUUGGCCGUCACGCUAUGAAUCAAUUAAAUUUCACUAUUUGUACAUUUGUAAAUUAUUAAAUAAUCAUUUAAUUAAUACGCAGUAAUAUACGAGAUAAAUCUAUAGUGUGUGACCUUGAUAUAAAAUGAGUGUGCAUAACGAAAUGGCGCAUUGCUAGGCUAUACCUAUGUUGAAAAAGGGUUAAUAAAAACUUGAACGUUAAAGUAA